AUGUUAAGUGACGGUGGUAACCAUCACAUGUCAGAAAAUGAUGUAAUUGAGAUUCUCUUAAGGUUGCCCGUGAAAUCAUUGUUGCGUUUCAUAUCUGUUUGCAAAAAAUGGAACACUCUCAUCAGAAAUUCCAACUUCAUUACCAAACAACUUAACCAUCGCAGCAACAAUGCACAUCUCCUUAUUCAAAAUUUCAAUUAUUGCACCGAAAAAUUUUGUUUUUCAAUAUUACUUGAUGAAACACUUACUAAAGAUCCCAUUUUAUCUUACGAUCUUGAUGUUCAACAUAUGAGUGGUGAUUCAGGAGUCAUAGGUCCCCUUAAUGGUAUAAUUGGGCUUUGGAAUUGGAUUGAAAUAGCUCUUUGGAACCCUGCUAUAAGAGAAUUUAGGUUUCUCUCAGUACCUAACUCCAAUCUUCCACCCCAUUUUAGUCCAACUUCUUAUCAUUUUGGGUUUGGGUUAGACCUCACUACAAAAGAUUACAAGGUUGUUUGGAUUCGUAACUUGUGGGAUGACAAGACUGAUAUAUCAUAUGAUCCUAGAGUUGUUUCAGUCUACACACUAGGUACUGAUUCUUGGAGAGUUUUCGAAGUUGAGUUGAACGGUGCCGUACAAGAAUCCUUGUGCAAUACAUACCUGAAUGGAUUUUACUAUUGGUUAACCAUUGGGGAUAAUUAUAGCAUUCUGAUCCUUUCGUUUGAUGUGGGUAAUGAGGUUUUUAAAGAGACAACAAUUGCGCUAGAUAUGCCAAAAUCAAAAUGUGGGGAUCUUUCUAUGUCCAAUGAUUCUAUAGCUAUGUUUAUUUAUGAUCCAAAUGGGGUUGAGAAAGAAUUUGACAUAUGGUUGAUGAACGAGGAAGAGUGUUGGAUGAAAACACAAACUAUUGGACCCCUUUUAGAUGUCGAAAGGCCACUUGGGUUCUGGGAAAAUGGGGAACUUUUUCUAGAACUAGAAACUGGAGAGACUGUUAAGUACAACCCUAACACAGGAGAAACUAAAGAUCUCAGACAUCGUGGGAAGGAUGGUUGUCUUAAAGUUCUUAUCUACAAGGAGAGCCUAGUUUCAGUGAAGGAAGGGAAUAAUUUCUAG